AGGCCUGAGACCUGCAUGAAGGACCCUGGAGCGCCUCCUCACAGCCAGGAGCUGAAGCUACCGGUGGUCGGCUCUCAGAUCGUAGGGUUGAUCCCCCUGAAGGCUCUGCUGGACUCUGCUGACUUCUACAUCAAAAGAGACCAGCUCUUCAUCAUCGAAGAAGAGCACAAAGUCCGCCUGGUGAUCAGUAAACUGGGCCUGGAUUCCCUCGGCCCGUUCAACCCAAAGGAGAGAAUCAUAGAGUGAGUUUAUUCCUC